AUGCACGUUAUUAAACUUGGAUCAAACUGCGGAAGAAUCGUUGGUUCGAUUCAGCUCCGACGCCCUGUUCCUCCAAAGCAAGAGAGAAUCUCGAAGUCGAGAGCCGCUAAGGCCUCCUUCAUGACUGGCUUUACCGUUGUGGUUUUCUUGGUUUGGCUCUACCACUUGUAUUGGGUCAUUAUCGCCAUCAAUGACCGCAAGUUUGGCGGCCUUCUUUGGUCCCUUUUGGUGACCGUUGGAUCUCUUGCCUUGAGUUCAUUCAUUAUGAUCAGAGUUUUGCUUUUCUUCGAGACCCGUCUUUUGAGUGACGAUAUCGAUGCUGAUCAUAAAAAGUACCUUUAA